CAUCUCGUACAAAUCCCAUGCCAGGUCCUUCCGAGCUUCCAAAAGGCAAACAGCUUGUAAAGGAAAAUAUCCCAAUCUGUGCACAUUCAAAACAGAUGCAACCAUGCUCAGACGAGGAGCACAAAGCGUAGGGAUGGUGUCUUUGUCAUGUGCAUCGACAACAUGAGAAGCUUGGUCAUGAAAUGGUUACCAAUGCAUGACACUGUUGCCACUUAAACAAGCAGCACAUCCCAUUAUACAAAAGCAAAAACACACUGUAUUCGCUGUGUCUUGGUCAUUGCUAGGCAGCUUCUACGCCCUAGAAAGAAAGCUGCUUCUGAUCGUAGAGUGAGUGCACAGAUUGGGUAGCAUGGAUUAAAAGGGGUCCUUUCACUCCUAUCACAUACAAAGCAGACACAGGGAGAAUGCUGAAUUCAAGUAGGGUCCCCAGACCUUUUUCGCCUAUCUAUUCCUGUAUCUAGGUCACUAGCAAAUACAAGCAUCAUGGAUCUUUCGUUUAUGGCAGCUCAGCUUCCAGUUAUGGGAGGAGCCUUCAUGGACUCACCCAAUGAGGACUUUGGAACAGAAUAUUCUUUAUUUAAUUCUUCUGGCAACGUACAUGCUGCUGCCUCUGCCCAGAGCCAGCCAGAGGAACCGUCUCGCUCCUCAAAUGACGCCAUAUUGCUUUGGAUUGCUAUUAUAGCUACAAUUGGGAACAUUGUGGUUGUGGGAGUUGUAUAUGCCUUCACUUUCUAAGAGGACUGAAACCACAGGCGUCUGUCUCUGUGAGAGAAGACAAAGUAUUUUUUAUUAAUGUACAGAAGAUGUUAAAUAUUUAAGUGCUGUCAGAUCUUAAAAACAAAAAAGACUAUUAAUCAUUUAGUUAAAAAGAAGUAAAUUUUCAUUGUACAGAGUAAACAAGUUGAAGUGCUUUGUGACCAAAUGAGCCAUAGCGUAAGUCUUUCUGGCUUGUGUAGGUUAUGGAACGGAGCUGUAGGUUAAAUAAUGAAGAAUGUGUGUGGGAAAAAAAAGGAGAGGCCAGAAAUUUUCACUAACGCACAUGUAUACGGCUAAAUAAGUGUGGUUUUUACUGUUGACCUUAUUUGCUGUUGUCAUCAUUUUUUAGAUGUAUGGUCUGUUAUUGCAAAAAAAAAAAAAAAAAAAUAAGUACGAAACCUAUUGAAAUUAUGCAAAUCUCCUAUUUGAUAUUCUCUGAGGGAUUUUCAUUAGCUGGCUCUCCAGCUGUACGCUACAGGAAAACAAAAAAAAACAAAAGCAAAAACAAACAUGUGUCAUGGUCUAAUUAACUGAUUAUCUGAGAAAUAUAACUGUGUAAACAGAGGGUAAACAAAUUGCUACUUAUCACUAGGCCUUUCGAUGCCAGUGGGCACACAAUCCAACAUGCCAACAUUCCCUUUCAGUGCUUGAAGGGUUAAUGGAAUUUAAUUAGUUCUGUGCAGACCUGUAGAUUUUUCUAAGGGCUGUUUAAAAAAAAAAAAACACACACACACACACACACAAACAAACCAGGAAACAUUGUUCAUUUUUAUAUAUUCUUUAAUAUUUCUGUAGUGUGCUUUAAAAAAACUGAAACAAUAUUUAUGUUUUGUCAACAGAAGUGCUAAGGAAUAAUAAUGUGAUUGUAAACAUGAUAAUUUGCAUCAUAAAUGUUUUAGUUAAACAAUUUUUUAUUUGUUUGUGUCUUCAAACAGGAAAGUAAGCAUGUGUGGUUUCUGAGAGGAUAGCUUGGAUUGAAAUUGGUUUAUUUAUUUAUUUUUUACUAAUGUACCCAAACAAUAGAGGCCAUUCCCAAGGGAGGAGACAGUAUUAGAAUCCAAGUGCUUUUUUUGGUUCCUCAAUAUCUGCACAGCGGCUAACAGAUGUUUUGGUAGCCGAACUAGACAUCAUUCUAAAGAGGAGCUAUUUCUACGUGAGUAAAUGGCCAUUUCAUUUCCGUGCACUUACGUUGUAAUUUAGUAUAGAACAGGGGCGGCCAAAAGGUAAACCCCCUUCUUUAAAAUGCUUUGUGUCACUAUACUCUUUAUAUAGUAAUUUGAGACUGAAAAAAUGAUAGCAGCGACAGAUAGCCAGGAGUUAGAUGAGUAAUAUUACAGGAUUUUAUUCAAUAGCAGAUCAUAUUUUCGAAUUUCAUAUUGUAAGGUGACAUCAUCCUUGAAAUUAUCCCACAUAAUGGGCAUAUAAUGUACACAACACCUCUAUGUAGUCUGGGGGCUCUAACGUGAGCAGAACCAGAACCAGGAAACACAUGUCACAUCUGUCCAAGAUUAGCAGUAGUUACACUUUGAGUGUCAUCUGCUACCAUUUUACUGGUGGGAGCUAACGUAACGGCUGAUUGGGAUUGCAACUCCCACUAAUCUCAGGCAGCAGCAGGACAAGUAUA